AAACUAUCUUUGGUGGAGACACUCGCACGAUUCGAGAAGGACGUGAAGCGAACCGACACCGGGUUCCUGGCGUUAGCAACAGAGGUGGAAACCGACGGAGAGAAGACCUCGGAACCUCCAGGAGAAAUCAAGAAAUUGCUGAAGGAAUUCCAAGACAUUCUUCCUGAUGAUCUACCGAACGAGCUACCGCCAUACCGCACGCAUCAACACGAAAUCAUAGAGGAACCAGGUUCGAAGCCGACCUUCCGAGCACCAUAUCGACUCAGCCCUACGGAGCUGACCGACAUGAAGAAGCAGAUCGAGUAUCUCCUAGCCAAAGGACUCAUCCGACCAUCUACUUCACCAUACGGUGCCCCAGUACUCUUCACCCCGAAACCGGACGGAAGCCUGCGCAUGUGCAUCGACUACCGAGCUCUUAACAAGCAGACCAUCAAGAACAAGUAUCCGAUACCACGAAUCGAUGACCUGCUUGACCAGCUUCGGGGAGCUACGGUAUUUUCCAAACUGGAUCUGCGGUCCGGAUACUGGCAGAUACGGAUGGCGGACAACUCUAUCUACAAAACUGCUUUCCGAACUCGGUACGGAUCGUACGAGUAUUUGGUCAUGCCGUUCGGACUCACCAACGCACCAGCGGCGUUCCAAGCAGAAAUGAACCACAUCCUACGCCCACUCUUGGACGAAUGCGUGGUGGUGUACCUGGACGACAUCCUCAUCUACUCGCGCGACAUGAAGCAGCACGUCGAACACCUGCGACGCGUCUUCGAAAUUCUUCGACGGGAACGUUUCUACGUCAAACUGUCCAAGAGCGAAUUCACCCUGGAGAAGGUCCAAUUUCUAGGACACAUGGUGAGCGCUCAAGGAGUUCACGUCGACCCCAAGAAAAUCGAAGCCGUACGUACGUGGAAGACACCCAAGAACGUGAAGGAGUUGCAGCAGUUCCUAGGCUUCGCUAAUUACUACAACAGGUUCGUGCCACAGUAUGCGAAACUCGCGGCACCACUCACGAAUCUGCUGAAGAAGAACACGCCCUACAAAUGGGAGACGAAGCACCAAGAAGCCGUGGAGCAACUGAAACAAGCACUGACAUCCGCACCGGUGCUCAUCUUGCCAGAUCCCGAACGUGACUACGUCAUUGAAGCAGACGCCAGUGAUCAGGCCGUGGGAGCAGUCUUGAUGCAAGACCAGGGGAAUGGACUGCAACCAAUUGCCUACCUCAGCAAGAAACUGCACGGGGCAGAACUCAACUACCCGAUACACGACAAAGAGGCUCUUGCUAUUGUCAUCGCCUUCAAAGCAUGGAGAUGUUAUCUCGAAGGACGUCAAACAACAGUCUACACCGACCACUGCAGUCUGAAAUAUCUGAAGACACAACCAACCCUUUCCAGGCGGCAGGUCCGGUGGAUUGACUUCCUCGAGACACACUUCCACUACGACAUCGUGUACAAGCCCGGCCACAAAAACAAAGCAGACGCCCUCAGCCGGCCUGCACACUGGGGCAAUGACAUUGCGUACCGGAAAGGAUCAACGAAAAUCUGGGUACCCAAUUACCCUCCUUUGCGCCAGUUACUACUCGAAGAAUACCACGACGUCCUCUACGCCGGACACUUCGGUAGCAACAAGACGCUGACCGGUAUCGCAAAACACUACUACUGGCCUCACUUGGCAGAUGAUGUUCAGAACUUUGUCACCUCGUGUGAUACAUGUCAACGGAUGAAGAGCAGUAAGCAGAAGAAAGCAGGACUGCUACAGCCUCUUCCUGUCCCAGAACAGCCAUGGCAAGUGGUUAGCCUGGAUUUCAUCACCGGGUUACCACCUACCACUAGCGGUCAUGACGCAAUUCUUGUCGUCAUCGACAAAUUCUCUAAGAUGGGACACUUCAUCCCGACACACACGACGGCACGCACCGAGGAGACAGCACAACUCUUCGUUCGCUACAUCAUCUCACAGCAUGGCAUUCCAACUACACUCAUCUCCGACCGAGGCCCCAAGUUCACCAGCAAGUUCUGGAAGGAACUCAUGUCUCUGCUUGGCACCAAACUCGCCAUGUCAUCCGCAUACCAUCCGCAGACAGACGGACAGACCGAGCGCCUUAACCAGAUUGUGGAGCAACUCCUCCGAGCAGCCUGCAAGGACGAGAUCUCCAAAUGGGACUUGCACCUGCCCGUUCUGGAGUUUGCUUACAACAACGCCACACAUGCUGCUAUUGGACAGACGCCGUUCUUCCUCUGCUACGGACGCCACUCACUCACACCACAAAAACCGACAGCAUCCGCUACAAUUCACAACGCCUUCCAUGUCCAACUUCUGAAGCCCUAUCGGGAUCCUAACACGAUCUUCGUGGGACGCCAGCCGCCGCCGCCGCCGCCCGUCCUCGUCCAGAACGAACCCGAGUACGAGGUCGAGUCCGUGCUUGCACAUCGUCGACGUCGGAAUGGCACCGUGGAGCUUCUUAUUCGUUGGAAGGGCUAUGAUCCUUCUGAGGACAGCUGGGUCUCUGAAACCGACAUGGGUAACGCCCGUCGUCCUCUGCAUGACUACCUUUGAGCCAAGGCCGCCACACGUGUGCAGGCA